AUGGUUCCUGUUGGCCCUCUUGUUCAAGACCCUGAUUAUGAAGAGAAUAAUUUGCAAGAAAUGGAAAUUAUCAAAUGGCUUGACAAGAAGGGAAAGAACUCGGCGGUGCUUGUCUCGUUCGGCAGUGAGUAUUUUCUUUCCAGAGAAGAGAUGGCAGAAAUAGCUGAUGGACUAGAGAAAAGCGAGGCGAACUUCAUCUGGGUUGUUAGAUUUCCGAAUAGAGAAGAGAAAAUUGAGCUUAAAGAAAAACUUCCAGAGGGAUUUGUUGAAAGAAUUUCAUCAAUGGAAAGAGGCACGGUUGUCGAAGUUUGGGCGCCACAAGCGAGAGUUUUAGCACAUGAUGCGGUUGGAGGUUUUCUUGACCAGCCGUUGAAAGCGAGAUUGGUUGAAGAUGUUGGCAUUGGAAUUGAGGCGAGGAGAAAGGAGAAUGGAGAACUUGUGAAAGAAGAGAUUGCGAGUGUGAUAAAAGAGGUGAUGAAGAAGAAAAAUGGAGAGAAAGUGAGAAGAAAAGCAAGAGAAAUGAGUGAGCGAGUGUAUAAGAAAGAAAGAUGGUGA